AAUGGUUAACUUUAAAUAGUAUGUGUGUCUGAUUAUACACAUUGAUUCAGCAGAAAUGUAGCAGGAAAAAAGUCACGGAGCCUACAUGAUUUAAGAACUACAACAGCGCGUGUAAUGGCGACGUCAGACGUUGUUGCACGUCGCCGUUGCGUGGUAAGACAUCAGGGUGAUUGAGCUGCGCAACACCCUGCCGACAGCACUGCAUUAGAUAUGUCUGGUCGUGUUUACGCCAGCAUCCUUCAAAGAGCUUCAAGGUACACACUGACAUUUUCUUCUUCUGCACCGUUCCAGUGUGGCCACCUUGUUGCAUUUCUCUCUUGUCAGCCUCGACCAGCCCACCUAUGUCAAUUCUCAUCCUGGGGUACCUUCAGAUCAGACUACUUGUGCUUCAGUGGUGAAGAGUCAGGAAAUGGGUCUCUAAAAGGGCGACACCUCUCAACUCGUCAGGAUCUAUACUUCCAGCUCAGCCGGGUCCAAAUCAACAGUAUUCUGCGAUCUAAUGAGCAGAUUGUGAGAGUGCCAGAGUUUGAUGGCAGGGGACUCAAUACUGUGAGAAAGUUUGAGAGUAACCAGCUAGCUGCUAACACACCUAAUGAGGACCGUCGCAGUGCAGCCACCUGCUUACAGUCGAAGGGCAUGCUCUUCGGAGUAUUUGAUGGCCAUGGGGGUUGGGCUUGUGCCCAGGCUGUCAGUGAGCGACUGCUGUACUACAUAGCAGUCGCAAUGAUGCCACAGCAGAGUCUGGAGGAGCUUGAGAGAUGCAUGGAGCAUGGCAGACCUGUUCUUCCCAUCUUGCAAUGGUACAAACACCAUGCAGACUUCAACUAUCGUGAAUCUGCUUCUCUCUACAUCGACCACCUCAGAGUUUUCUGGCAGGAAUUACUGGACAGUGAGGAACAUGGCGAAGGCAUGGCCCCUCUGGAGGCUCUGGAUUGUGCUUUCAAACGGCUCGAUGCUGACAUCUCCUUGGAGGCUCAAGUCCCUCUUUCCAGUGACCUGAUGAAAAGCACAGCCAUCCAGGUGGCGUUUGCUGGUUGCACUGCCUGUGUGGCUCAUAUUGGCACAGAUGGGAUCCAUGUGGCGAAUGCUGGUGACUGCCGAGCAGUGUUGGGGGUGCGGGAGGAGGACGGUUCAUGGAGCGCUUUACCCCUAUCGCGGGAUCAUAACUCACAGAACCAGGCUGAGGUGGAGCGAAUCAAAGCCCAGCACCCACCCUCAGAGAGAGACACGGUGGUUGCAGAUGACAGACUGCUCGGGGUUUUGAUGCCCUUGCGUGCGUUUGGUGACGUGAGAUUCAAGUGGAGCUGUGAGUUGCAGCAGAGCAUUUUAGCCAGCCUGGAAUCUGGAGUGGAUCUCGACUCUCUCAACCUCUACCAGUACACUCCACCUAACUACCUAACUCCACCCUACCUGGAUGUGACACCCGAGAUAACAUAUCACAAGCUCAGACCUCAGGACUGCUUCUUGAUUCUUGGCACCGAUGGGCUAUGGGAUGAACUAGGUAACGAGGAGGCUGUACGACAGGUUGGAGAGCAUCUGAGUGGGAUUCACCGACAGGCUCCAGUUUCUGCAUCUGAGAGGCAGCUGAAAUUGGGUCAGAUGCAUGAACUCUUACUGAAACGCCGGGCCCGUGCCACCCCUGCCCUAGACACCAAUGCUGCCACACACCUCAUCAGACAUGCUCUUGGCACAGGGGAGUAUGGAGAACUAUGCCAGGAGAGACUGGCCUCUAUGCUUGCUCUGCCAGAGGACCUGGCUCGAAUGUACAGGGACGAUAUCACAGCUACCGUUGUAUAUCUGAACUCUGACCUGGCUGGACCUCACCACAUCUAAUAGAACUUUUUUUUUGUUUUUAAACAGGGCUGGACAGAGAUAAAACAUCUUUUGGGAUACAAAUGGUAAUCAUUACAACCUGUUACAUAAAUUGAUUUGUAAACAUUUUUAAUUGAAGGAACAGUUUCAGCGUUGUAUUGUGUACAGGCACUUUAAAAAAAUUUAAAAAAUCAGUGUUCCAUAGACUUAACACAGGUUACAUAUUCAUAACUGCAUAACUUUUGGUCCUUCAGUGUAUUCAUGAUGGUCAUUUUACAGACAUCUAAGUUACAUGUCAAAAGUGUAAAUACAAGGCUACAGAAUAAUGUACACACCCACUUUUUUCCUUGUCUGUAUUUUUGUUUAUUUGUUUUGCAGUUUGAUUUAGACAUCCCAUCUUUGACUUUUUCCUGUUACUUUACCUCUAUGUAAGCUGUGAAGUAUACUUUUAAUUUUGUAUAAAUGAAUUGUCUUUAAUGGGAUUUUUAGAUGUAUUUAACUCGACACUCAACUCACUGGAAGAAAGGUGCAAAUGCGUGAUAUUAAACAAUUGAAAAAUCA